CCCAAGUUAGAGCUAGGGGCCUGUGGAAACAUGAAGAGGGUAAAUAGCUGUGUGAAGAGUGAUGAGCACGUCCUGGAGGAGCUGGAAACAGAAGGGGAGAGGCAGCUGAAAAGCCUCCUUCAGCAUCAACUUGAUACCAGUGUCUCCAUUGAGGAAUGUGUCUCUAAGAAAGAGAGCUUUGCUCCUGGUACUAUGUACAAGCCCUUUGGGAAGGAAGCAGCUGGGACUAUGACUUUGUCCCAGUUCCAGACACUGCAUGAGAAGGACCAGGAGACUGCUUCUCUCAGGGAACUAGGGCUUAAUGAGACAGAAAUCUUGAUUUGGAAGAGCCAUGUUUCAGGUGAAAAGAGGACGAGACUUAGGGCAACCCCUGAAGCGAUACAGAACCGUCUUCAAGAUAUUGAGGAAAGAAUCUCAGAGCGUCAGCGCAUCCUUUGCCUGCCACAGAGAUUUGCAAAGAGCAAACAGCUGACCCGGCGAGAAAUGGAAAUAGAAAAUUCUUUAUUUCAGGGAGCUGAACGUCACUCCUUCCUCAAGGCUCUUUAUUACCAAGCAUACCACAAAAAGACAAGUGCAGACAAGUACAUGACCUCAAUGAAGAGGAAGAUAAAAUUAGGCACAAAAGAUGAACCCCAAAAGAAGAACAAAGGUGAUCCCAUGAACAACCUGGAAAAUUUUUACCAAGAGAUGAUAAUGAAAAAACGUCUUGAAGAGUUCCAACUAAUGAGAGGUGAACCCUUUGCUUCCCACUCACUGGUCUCAGCUACAUCAGUGGGAGAUAGUGGCACAGCUGAGAACCCGUCAUUACUCCAGGACAAGGGAAAACAGGCAGCACAGGGUAAAGGUCCCAGUCUCCAUGUGGCAAAAGUUAUUGAUAAUUCACCUGAGCAGUGUUGGACGGGGCCUAAGAAGCUGACGCAGCCAAUAGAAUUUGUCCCAGAAGAUGAGAUCCAGAGAAAUCGUUUGUCAGAGGAAGAGAUCCGAAAAAUUCCUAUGUUUUCUUCAUAUAAUCCAGGGGAGCCAAACAAGGUGUUAUACCUGAAGAACCUUAGCCCUCGGGUGACCGAAGGAGAUCUUGUCUCAUUAUUCGCUCGGUUCCAGGAGAAGAAAGGACCUCCAAUUCAAUUCCGAAUGAUGACUGGACGAAUGAGGGGGCAGGCUUUUAUCACUUUUCCCAAUACAGAAAUAGCAUGGCAAGCAUUGCGUCUAGUAAAUGGAUAUAAACUACGUGGGAAAAUAUUGGUGAUAGAAUUUGGAAAGAACAAAAAGCAGCAGUCAGAUCUCCAGGCUGCUUCUCUAAUAUCAUCUACUACAGAUAAUACUACAGAAAUCAGUGGCAGCUAGAAGACAUAAAGAUUGUGAGUCCCAGGAGGUCUUUCUUGCAUCAGAAUCUAGGAUCUAGGAUUUGUAUAUAGAUAGCAAUUUAUUUGGAAUUGAAGAAGAGAAGCUAACUGAGGGAGAGAAAACUGAAUUAAAAUCCCUUUCAGCUUUUGGAAAGAAUUGGUAGAAAACAUUUUCUAUAAUCAAACACUCUCUAGAAUAGACAAUAUAAUGAGUAUGGAGGGUAAGGAAUAAAGAGUAUCAUUUUCUCAGGAUAAAUUACAGUGGAUUACUUCCAAGGGUUUUUUUUUUAAUCAUUAUAAUUUAUAUGAGGUCUUAAAUAUUUGUCACUGCCUCCUAUAUAUACAAAACUAAAAAACUAAUUAAGUGUUCAAAUAUUUAUCUCUAGAGCCCAUUUGUCCCUAAUUUUAUUUUCCUAGUAAAUAAAUGACCAAGACUCCAGGCCUAAACAUCAGCAAAUGCUCUUGAAUGAGACCUAUCAGCAGUAACAGUAGGUAGUUUUCAUAAGUUAGUCGACAUAUUUAAUGGACAUUUCCCUUAUCACUGUCUUCA